AUGCCUCCACCCCAAGGAACAUGGAACCCACUCGAAGGGCCAGGCGACUACACCACCACCAAGACCGUCCACAGUGAUUCGUACCCAGCAAUCGACCCAACAAAAGCAAACCUCUCGGGCAAAGCAGUGUUCGUCUCAGGGGGUUCUCGAGGGCUCGGUAGAUCAAUGGCGCUGUCCUACGCUCGAGCUGGAGCUUCACAGAUCGCAGUUGGGGCUCGCUCGAACCUCUCGAAAGUUGCUAGCGAUUGUAAGACAGCUGCAAAAGAAGCCGGGAAGCAGGAGCCGGAGGUGUUGUGUCUUGUGAUGGACAUUACUGACCAAAGCAGCGUCGAGAGAGCAUGCCGGAGGAUUGGAGAAGAGUUCGGGAAGUUGGACGUCGUGAUCAAUAAUGCCGGGGUUAUUGGCGAUAUGGUAUCGAUCGGUGAUAGUACUCUAGAUUCAUGGUGGCAAACUUACAACGUCAACGUCCGAGGCCCUUACCUCGUCAUGCGAGGGUGCUUGCCACUUCUUCUGAAAGGCGAGCUAAAGACGGUUGCCACAGUUGCGAGCGUGGGAGCCCUGGUCGUGAUGCCAACACUCAGCGACUACCAAUCUUCGAAGCUAGCGGCGCUCCGAAUCACCGAAUUCUUUGCAAAGGAGAAUGCGGAACAAGGCAUUAUAGCCUUCAGCAUCCAUCCCGGGAACAUACUCACGGACAUAGUAGGCAUGGGCGAAGGCAUGGAUGACGCACUGAAGGCUGUUUUCACGGAAUCGCCGGAGCUGGCGGGGGACAGCCUGGUAUAUCUCACGAAGGAAAGGCGGCCGUGGAUAAGCGGACGGUAUCUCAAUGUUACCUGGGACCUUCCGGAGCUGGAGAGCAGGCGAGAAGAGAUUGUGGACGGAGACUUGUUGAAGGUCCGGCUGGCACUCCCGUAA